AUGUUGUAUAAAGGGGUGGUAACAAAAUCGAAAAGCGAAUUUCUUUAUGUAUGGUCGAAAAAUUUCGGACCAGAAGCUAUCCUGGACAAAAGACUGGCACCUACAGGUGGAUAUGUACCGUCAAUUGGUGACUGGAUUGUCUUUAGCAUUAAAGUUGGCAGCAAUUUUAUUGAUGAUUUCAUUGAUAUUCCGGAUUUAUUACCGACGAAAGUAAAUGAACAUGGAGGUGUCAUGGUCAAAACGCGAGUCUCAUUUCGUUCCGAUAUUGUCUCUGGUUGUAAUUUGUUAGCUCAUUCAAAUGAUUUAGGAGUUAUUGGAAUAUUCCAAAAUUUCCCGACUUUGAGUGAAUGCUGUGAUUGUGACAUUUGGGUUGAAAGAAUCCCACAAGCGCUUUCCAAUCUUGAAUACUUUUACAAAACGUCGUGGUAUAUUAGCGGGGAAAUUUCUAAGCAGAUUGUGGGAAUAUCUUUGGAGCGAUUUUCAUCAGUACAUAGUCUUUCAUCGGAAUUUAAGCUACACACUGGAUCGCCAAACACAGCGUUUGAGGACAGUUGUUCUGAUGUUGCUACACGUACCUCUAGAAGUUCAUUCAGUAGCGUUGAUUUCGAUGAGAUACAAGAAUAUAACCAAUCACGCAAACGAAACUCUUCGAAACAGUCAUAUUUUACCGAGCAGCAAUUUUUUGAUUGCCAGCCAUGUGUAGGGGGAGCAGAAGGAGAAGAAAUCAAAGAAAGUAAAGCAGUUGUUGGUUUGAUAACAUCCUCUUUUAAUGGAAGAGCUUUUGUUUGGUCAUCGAUGCUCGGUAAAGGAAUGGUUUCGUUGUGUUCUGGUCAACACAUACGACAUGGUGAAUGGAUUAAAUUCAUACCUUCCCGUAUAGAUGAUAUAUGCUUGCAAGAACACAAUGAAUUAGAAAGAUGUAAAUAUGCUGCAAAGGAUUGGUACGUUGUCAGUCCGCUUUAUCCUACACGAUCCUACAGAACUAUCGUUUCGGUACAAGUGAGACUUUUUGUACCACAGAGUUAUCAACAUGAUUCAUCAAAUUUGUGGGCUGAAUUUUUUGGCACAGUUGAUGAUCCGUUGGAACUAAUUGCCAAAUUUGGGCCAUUAUGUAAUAUUUUAGGACGAUGCCUUCUGGUUCGGAUUAUGGGAGCGAAGAGUGAUUGUAAGAGCAGUAAUUGGAUUGUUCACAGAGUUUUGCAACUUCUUGAGAAUGAGGAAUCAGUACCCAAGUUAAAAUCCUACUCGUUUGCUGCCGAUGCGUUGAGAUACAUGAAUGAAGAUUUACUCAUCCACAAUGCAAUGAAAAAAGUUGAUUGGAAUCUAGUUGAACAGCUGAGAGAACCGCAUCUUCUUUCAGAUGACAUUUUGGAACAUCAAAAUUAA